AACUUGACCUGGGCUGAAAAUGAUUUAUGUAUUUUAGUCUGUGUAUUGCACCACCAUUAUAAUACUGAAAACUGUGUUUUAUUCAGGGCCUCUGCAAAAUUACACUCCAAAGUGCAAAUCAUUGACCAGAUUAGACUAAGCAAGCUGCUGCUAGUGCAGCAGAACCACUGUUUUAUUUAUUUUUUUAUAAAAUUUAUAUUAGAGACCAUUUAAGUGUUGUGGUCCCAGCAAUGUAAAAACAUUGAAAACAUGUUGAAAUCCACAAGAUGUUCUGUGUCAUUAUAAUUGACAUGAUCAGCAAAAACCUAAUAGACUUGCACUUUAAAAGUUUAUUAAGACCUAAAACUUAAUAGACUUGGCCCAGUCAACAUAAAAACUACUCUGUACAAGUUAAGACUGAGAUCCUGAUACUUACAUGCACCCACUGGCUUUUCACCCACUUUGUUACAAUCUCUUAACACAGUGCAGUAGGUGGAAUGAAAAUGCAUCCUGCAUUUUAUCAUUGGAUCUACCCAACUUAGAAGAUCACAUCUAGAUUCUAAGAAUAAAAAAAGUUGAUUCAGGAAGCAGUCUUUAAAGACGUAUUGCUUCAGUUACAUCAACCAUUCUAGGCACCGUAGCAUACUUGCUUUACAGUAUUUGCUGCUUUUCAGAAGGCAGAAUGAAGAACACCUCCUGUCCGCAUGUCAGCUUCGACUUUGGACACAGAUUCUUGCCUCCUGUUUACAUCUUAGUAUUCAUCAUUGGUCUGGUAGCUAAUGGAUGGGGAUUGAAGUCUCUGCUGCACAAGUGGAAGAAGCUAAAGCUCAUCAAUGUUUUUGUUCUCAACCUUGGACUUGCAGAUAUUUUGUAUCUGCUCACACUCCCAUUUUUGGUGGUCUACUACUUUAUGGGGAGUAAAUGGAUCUUUGGAGAUGCAUUCUGCAAGAUAACAAGAUUCUGCUUCAACCUGAAUUUAUAUGGCAGCAUUGGGUUCCUUACUUGUAUAAGUGUGUACAGAUACCUGAGCAUUGUCCAUCCAGUGAGAGUGAUGGGAAGAAUAACUCUGACUCACUCUGUGGCUAUCUCGAUCACAGUUUGGCUGUUGGUGAGCAUUCAAAGUCUUCCAGACAUGUUCUACACCAAAACAUUUGGAAACAGCAGUGGGAAAUGUUACGAUACCACCAGUAAGAGACAUGUUGAGGAUUACCUGAAAUACAGCCUCGGAUGGACAAUCACUGGGUUUUGUAUCCCGUUCCUCAUCACACUGUGCUGCUAUGGACAUGUGAUUGUCGUUCUCUGCCGCAAAAAUACCAUUGACAAGAUACUGAAACAGAGAAGCUUGAAGUUGUUGUUCAUCUUGAUUCUUCUCUUCUCUGUUUGUUACAUCCCCCUUCAUGUAUUCAAGAACCUCAACCUCUUGUCAAGAGUUCUGUCCAAACAGAGGAUUUGCCAUGGAUGGUUUAAUGGAGUCUACAUUGCUCAUCAGAUAAGUCGUGGCCUUGUGUGUCUGAACAGUGCUCUCAACCCUCUGGUUUACCUCCAUGGAAAUGAAGAUAUUCCUGCUCAGCUCAGACGACUACUCCAGCAAGCUCGUCAGAUGUUCAACCGUCUGUUUUUGUCAAACUCUGGGCGUGUGCCUGUGGCAGAAAUCACAGAUGAAGUUUAACAAAAGAAAUACAUGCUUAACAGUAACAUGUUAAACAUUAUACUGUAUAUGUCAUAAUUGUCUUUCUAAUAUUAAUUGCCAUGUCUAUAUUAUGUUCAUUUUUGUGCUAUGCAGUUUAUCAGGAAGGAAGAAUGACUUAUAAACACAAAUUGUUUUUGUAUUAUUAUUAGUAUGUGAAUUGUUUUAUAUAAAUGUGUUUAGUAAUUUCUUUUAUGCUCUGUUAAGUAAAGUACAGCGUGAAAUAUCUGACUUACAGUUAAUUAUUGGGGGAUUUUAAUGCUCUUGGUGUCAUGAGUUAGAAAGGACCAAAUUUGUAACUGUUUCAAGUAAGAUGUUUGAUUUUGUGUAUGAUAUUGAAUAUUUAUCCACAUUCUUUAUGAUCACAAAGCUGUUAUUGUGUUGUUUAAAAAAGGGAUUCAAUCACAUCUGUUAAACAUGUGGCCCAGUCUAAAAUUUCAUUUGUAGACAGAUAUAAAUAAGCCGUUAGAGAUGAAUAAAUAAUAUGUAAAAUGUUUUAGAAAUGGUAUAUUAAAAUCAGUUCAUGUUAUUAAUUUUAGCAGUUCAUUGUGAAUUUAAAACUAGAACCAU